AUGGAGAAUGGGGCAAGGCAGGGCCCGCAUACGAAUCACGACAGAGAUCAACGGCCGAAUGGGCUCAAUGGAGCAAAUGCAAACCACCUGAACGAGAGGCUGCUGGAGAAGGGCAAAGGGCGAGCGGAGCCGCAGCAGAACGUGACGCCGACGAGCCCUACGAUCCCGAAUGGCAUACAUGGAGGCUUCGCAAAAAGCCCGCGGCAUCAGGCUGGCGUGGAGGGCACCACCCUAAAAGAUGGCAGGAGCCAAAUGGAUCAACUGCCGCCAGAGAUUGUCCAUAUCACCCAAGGCUAUUUGUCAUUAUCGACGUUGCUCGCCCGACUGGCGCAAAAGACGCAUAAUGACCUUUCGAAAACCGUGCUGGAUUUGGCGCAGAUGCCAUUACCUGCGUCGGUUGCCAAUGGAAAUGCAUCUCAUAUCACGACCGUAGACGACAAUAGCGCGGAGAAUCUUGCCAAAAAGCUGCGCCUGCUCAAGUUCUCCCAGGAGACGCAUACCGAAUGGACCAAGGCCCUCGUCAUAACAAACUGGAGCCGGAGGAGCGAAGAUGUGAGCAAGAUGAUUGACGCGAAGGUCCAUCUAGACCAACAGAAGGCCUUCUAUGAUUUUGCUGUCCAUGAGUUGAGCGAGGUCAAACGGAGCCUGAUGCACGCAAGACUACCCAAUCCGGACAUAAAAACGGCUCUCGAAGUUCUGACUACAGGGAAAGCAUCUUGGAUGCCAGAUCUUGGUUACAUUGAGCCUCCUCCACUCACGGCCCACGAAAUCCUGAAGUCGCUCGAGAGUCUCAACACCCUUCUCUCGAUCCGACUGAACCUGCAUGAGUACGAUAAUAUCCCCAUACACUUCCGGGAAUAUACUAUCAAGUCCGGGCGCGUGACAUUCAAGGUAGAGGGGGAGUUUGAAGUCGAUCUUACCAUAGCAGACGAUGAUCCGGAAACUCAGUUCUGGUUCAUCGACUUUAGGUUCCUGUUUAGCCCUGCGAUUUCGGAUCUUGCUCCCCACAUCCGUGGUUUCAUCGAAAGCCGAGUCAACGAAGCUCUGCUCAGAGGCGGGCUCCCCGGGUGCUAUAAUUUCCUGCAUGGCAUGGUCUUGAGCCAUAAGAUUAGCGAAUUCAGACGACAAGCCGCAGGUCUCGCAAGGGGCAAAUGGGUAGAGAGUCUCAAGGUGGAGGCGCUGAACAGAGCGUUGUCCAUACAGUACUGGUUGGACCCAUACGGCCGGCCUGGCCCCAAGAGUUGGAUUAUCCUCGGGGUACACAGCGGCAAACGAAAGGUUGGAGUCCGUCAUCCGAAGGAUACCAGCCGAUUGUCUAUCAGGUGGUUCCGAGACUCAAAAGAAGUGAAAGAAGUAGAUAUUCCGUUCGACACGGUAAACAUAUCAACAGAAUCGCUCUUGAAAACGGUUAUUGCGAAGCAUGUCAACCAUAUACUGACAUCGACGUAUGAGAAACUAAGGGCGAAACCCUUGUUUGCUAGUCGCGAGGCUGUCCUUGCGUUGACGACUUCAAAUGACGAGCCAGCAGAGUCGGAAUUGAGGGUCCAAUUGACCAAUGAGCGGCACGUAUCCAUCAGAAUCGAGCCGAUCACAGGUCGUUUCAUUUUCAGCCCUGCAUCUCGGGUCACCACGGAGUUUGAAUAUAGGAUCAAUAGAUCUGUGGACCCGGCAACCGAUGCGCACACCUAUAUUGAUGGUCUCCGUCAUGCUGCUAUCACCGAAGAUAUUGUUAUCCGCGGGCUAAGUCUCGGGUGGAUUAGAGUAGACAACCCCGGUCUCAGACAAGACGAUUUGAAAGCAGUAAUUCCCAAGGACGCCUCACAGGUGGUUUGGCUUCGAAGGCCGGGCUGGGUUAAAAACUGGUAUAUUGCAAUUAGUAUGAGCAUGAGUGGGGAGCGCUGGUGGCUCAUUGAAACCACCGACCCCCCCGCUGAAGCUAGUAUUGCACCUACCACGAAGAAGUCCAAAAAAGAAGCCAAUGUCAAAAUCAAUAGCGCUCUUGGUAUCCCCAUCAAAUCGCCCUCACCCACCCCUACAUACACAUUCUUGACUACUCUUCACAUCUUUGCUGCCGCCCUCCUCUCGCACUAUGCCAACCUCAAAUCUCUAUACGGAAAACGGGUCCACUAUAUGCCCCAUGAGAGUAACAAAUUGCCCACUCCAGUCAAGCUCCCCGCAAUCUACAUACGGCUCUCGGAGCUUAUCAACUCGCCUAAAGCAUUCAAGAAAGACCUCGUCAAGCUUACCUUUCAAGGCCUUGAGGGACGCCGAGUGCCCAAACAGCAAACGCUGGCAUUAACGCCCAGCAGCCAGUCACCCGCCACCCCUCUGGCCCAGGAAAAUGCCUACAUAAUAACAGAAGCACGAAUCAGUAUGCCCGUUCCGGCUGCACUUAGGGAUAUCAAAGAAAGAAUUGAUCCUGAUAUUGCGUUUGAUUAUGAGACCGGAUCUCUGGCUUUACGAUUACGCAGCCAAGUUGGGGAAUCCGUUAUCCCAAAUCUCAUCGAGCGCGCCACUCGUGUCCACCGCCUGCUGAAGUUCGUCCGGGUACUACAGGAUCACGAGAAACAACUUAAAUGCGAGACCAUAUCUCUUGGGAAGAUCGUCUUCACUUAUGGAAAAAUCAAAUCACAAUCGAAUCCAGAUGCCAUGGACGUUGAUCAAGCCGGCCCCAGGGAAUACAAAGCUGUGGUAGACUUUGGUGGCACGGGCGGUAGCAUGGCUCUAGUUUUAGAGCCAGGCAAUCCCCACCUCCACAUCGGCGAUUACUUGAACCGGAUCUUGAACGGAUCAGAAGGGCUUAAUGGCGUUGCCACCCUACUCCCACUUACACUCCCUGUUUUGUUCGCUAUUGACAGCAUUGAGACGUCGUGGGCUUCUAUACCUAGGUCCAAAGGAGAAGCUUUCAUGCUCGUCAGGUCAACCGACUGGUACAUUGUUCGAUACAACCUCCCGACCGCCCAACCACCUAAUCCCACUUUACCGCCUAGGUCACGCAAAAUAAUGUUCGUCGUCAAGUUGAGACAACGAAGAGGUGUGCCGUGGUGGGAUGUUCGUCGCAUCGACUCUCGAGACAAAAAUGGCGAUGAUCUGGAUACUGCCCUGAAGCCUAUAUGGAACUCAUCUGGUCAUGGAUGGCAGGGGAUGCGUGUUAGUGCAGUUGCGCAAGCUAGUGGCGUUGAAGAACUUCUGAGCAAGAUGGAUGAAGUUGUGAGGAACUUUGCACUUGCUCAGGAAACGACAGGACUGCCGCAGCAGAGCCUAGCCAACCCUACUCCAAAGGCCCGCCCUCAGGUCCCAGGACAGCAGCAACAGCAAAGACAACAGCCCACGCCAAACCACAGCCAAAGUCAAAUCCACCAGAGUCAGGGGAGAAAUGGCUCUAUGAAACGAGAGGUCGUAGAGAUCGACUAA